AGGAAGCGAUCGAGGGGGUGACAGGGGAGGCGACCGAGGUGGGAGCGAUAGGAGGGACGGUGAAGGAGCGAGAGAGACUGCCGGAGAGGAGAGGGUCUUCGGUGGUGGCGCAGGAGGCGACAUAGGAGGCGGCGUAGGAAGCGGUGGAGGAGGCGGCGGGGGAUAUGGCCCUGUCGGGGGCGUUGGCGGCGGAGGAUAUGGCCCUGUCGGGGGGGUUGGCGGCGGAGGAUAUGGCCCUGUCGGGGGGUUCGGUGGCGGAGGAUUCGGCGGGGGAGACAUCUCUGACGCCGAAAUCUCCCGGCGCCAAAUGGACACCAUCAUCCUCCUCCUGCAGCGCCUCAGUGACAGGCAAGCCGCCUUCGAGACCCUCCAAGGCCAGCGAGCAGAGCGGAUUGACAACAUCAACUACAGACUGACCCGCAUGGAGCUGCUGGCGGAGGAGCGGAAGGGCGUGCUCAACGAGAUCAGCAACGCCAUCCAGCACCGAAUGGAGACAACCGACAACGAGAUGGACCGCAUCACCGGCCUCAUGGACAACGUCAAGGACAGCAUCUCCGCCCUCACCCAGCGCCACGUCGACCUCCGCGGCCUCAUCACUGACCUCCCAAGGGCAGUAGAUCCGGGAGAGAACAACGAGCAGAAGCUGCAGGCGGUGGCGGCCUCCGUGUUCAGCGUUCACUCGGUCGCCCAGGCCAUUCAGCAGGAGCUCGGGGAGGUUGGCCUCAACCUGACGCAGCUCAUGAACACCUCUGGAACACUCGGCCACAUCCAGAGCAACAUGGUGUCCAAGCAGUACCUUCUCCAGAGCCUCAACGAGCUCAAGGCCAGCCAGACGGUGCCCACGGCGUCCGUUAUGCCCCGGAUGAUGAGCACGAGGGGGAGGGCAGGCGGCAAAGUUGAAAAGGAGCCCGAGGACUGCUGGCAGCUUCUCCGCCAAGGCAAGAAGAAGUCGGGCGUCUACCGCAUCCAGCCGCAGUACUCAAGUGUUCCCUUCUUCGUCUACUGCGACAUGGAAACUGAGGGAGGUGGUUGGACGGUGAUUCAGCGCCGCGAGGACGGCACGGUGGACUUUCUCCGCGAGUGGAACGAGUACAAGCACGGCUUCGGCAACCUGGCGGGCGAGUUCUGGCUGGGGAACGAGAAGAUCUACCUCCUCACGAGCCAGCACGUUUCGAAGCUUCGGAUUGACCUGUCUGAUUUCGACCAGCAAAACGGAUUUGCAGUGUAUUCCGCGUUCGCUAUAGGGUCUGAGCUGGAAGGUUACUCACUCAAAAUGCUGGGCGAAUACAGGGGAGACGCAGGCGACUCUCUGCGCUACCACGUGGGUCGGCGCUUCAGCACCAUCGACGUGGACAACGACGCCUGGCCCGAGCGGAACUGCGCCCGAGACCACAUGGGCGCCUGGUGGUACAGGGCCUGCGACACAAGACAAUUAUCCACGCCAACAUUCUCCAACAGUAACCUUAACGGGCGCUACCUGCACGGGCCGGUCCCCCCCGACCACGAGUACUCCGGCCUCUACUGGUACGACUUCCGCGGGCCGCGCUACUCCCUGUGGCGCUCCCGCAUGAUGGUCCGCCGGGGGGGCAGUGUGGGCCGCCCGAUCUUCAAGGACAUCGAUGAAAUUAAGACCUCCACCACCACUGUCCGGCCCGAGGAACCUCCCCAAGUGGAAGACGACGAGAUCCACUCUGACCCUGAACCCUACGACCCUUACUCCACCUACAACGGAUACGAUCCCUAUGCCAUCUAUGACGGUUAAGAUCGUCCCUCCAUGCCCUCCACUUCUACCGACAUCGCCGAUCUUGCAUGCCCAGUUCGACUUCAAGGAGUUCCCCUCCGGUGCUGAUCCUCAGACUUCACAGGUGAUCAGCCUUGAAGGAAACUCCCUCAACGGACACAGUCAAGAGGGACAAGUCUGAGCAUUCGAGAUACUCUUGAAGCUAGGGCGGGACUCUCCUCACCGAACCUUUCUUGAACUGUUCUCUCCUUGAAAAUAGAAUCCUGGAUUUCUUUACCUCAAUCCACAAGAAAAGGUAUUUUAUCUUAUUAUUCCCAACUUUAAGAAAAAUGACUAAUGUAAAAUAUAUGUUGGCCAACUUACAUAUUAGCAUACUUUUGUGGCAAUAUAAUGUAAUGCCUUUAAAUAAUAAUAAAAAAAAAGAAGU